GCCGUAUCUGACAGCAGAGAGGAAUCAAGCUUUUCUCGUCCAAAGAAGAAGCAUUUCUGUAGGUUGGGACUCCAAAUUAACCAAACGAGCAUGAAGAAACAGAUUUGAAGGAUGCCAGUGUCCUGGUCUGAACUUGGGCCCCAUUGACCUGCUCAUGUCCCAGUCAGAGGAGAGAUGGCUGGUCGAAUGUCGUCCCAGGGUAAGGCGACCGUCGCUGUGGAUGAGUACAGCUCCAAUCCUACGCAGGCCUUCACCCACUACAACAUUAACCAGAGUCGAUUCCAGCCUCCCCACGUGCAUAUGGUGGAGCCGCUUCCCUAUGAUGCACCUAAGCCGGCGGGUCACACAAGGUUCGUCUGUGUUUCGGACACUCACUCGAGAACGGACGGCAUCCAGAUGCCCUAUGGAGAUGUCCUGCUCCACACGGGUGACUUUACGGAACUGGGACUGCCCUCCGAGGUUAAGAAAUUUAACGACUGGUUAGGCGGUCUUCCCUACGAGUCUAAAGUGGUCAUUGCGGGAAAUCACGAGCUGACGUUUGAUAAGGACUUUAUGACAGAGUUGGUUAAACAGGAUUACUAUCGUUUUCCCUCCGUCUCUAAGCUGAGGCCCGAGGACUUUGAUGAUGUACAGACCCUGCUUACAAACUGUGUGUACCUCCAGGACUCAGAAGUCACUGUAAAAGGAUUCAGAAUAUACGGAGCACCUUGGACGCCCUGGUUUAACGGCUGGGCCUUUAACCUGCCCCGUGGACAGUCUCUGCUGGACAAGUGGAACCAGAUCCCUGAUGACAUAGACAUCCUCAUGACUCAUGGACCCCCUCUCGGUUUCAGAGACUGGGUCCCUAAAGAAUUACAACGCGUUGGUUGUGUGGAGCUUCUCAACACAGUGCAGAGGAGAGUCAGGCCUAAGCUCCACGCUUACGGAGGGAUCCACGAAGGGUACGGCAUAAUGACAGAUGGAUACACGACAUUCAUCAACGCCUCCACAUGCACAGUCAGCUUCCAGCCCACCAAUCCGCCCAUCAUUUUUGACCUUCCCAACCCAGGGAGCCCCUAAAAC